GGCCGGCGAGGCCCCGCAGCAGGGGGCGCUGAGCCAUGCCGGCGGGCAGCCUGUUGCCGCUCUUCAGCAGCCCCGCCGGGCCGGGCGCUUCGGGCGCCUCUUUAGGGGGAGGCGCUCUGGUGGGCGCGGGGGUGCGGAAGGUGUCCGGCCCCAGCGGAGCCUUCCGGCUGACGGAGAAGUUCGUGCUGCUGCUGGUCUUCAGCGCCUUCAUCACGCUCUGCUUCGGGGCCAUCUUCUUCCUGCCGGAUUCCUCCAAGCUGCUCAGCGGGGUCUUCUUCCACUCCUCCAAGCUCCGGCAACAGCCGCCGCCGCCUGCCCAGGGGGAGCCGCACGCCCCGCCGCCGCCCGGAGCAGGGAGCAGCAGCAGCUAUGGAGGAGGCGCUGCUGCUGAAGGGGACGCGGCGGAGAACUUGGCCAGGAUCCGCGAGGACCACGAGCGGGCUCUGCGGGAGGCCAAGGAGACCCUCCAGAAGCUGCCCGACGAGAUCCGCAGGGACAUAAACCAGGACAAAAGCAACUUCCUUCAGAACAGGCCGGGCCGGGGGGAGGCGGGGGCUGCCGAGCUGCCUGACCUGCCUUUCCGCAAGCCCGUCGGAGCCGUGGGAAAGGAGCCGGCAGACCCGCUGGUCCGGCAGCGACGAGCGAAGGUCAAAGAGAUGAUGAAACAUGCCUGGGAUAAUUAUAAACAUUACGCAUGGGGAUUAAAUGAACUGAAACCCAUAUCAAAACAAGGACAUUCAAGCAAUUUAUUUGGCAAUAUUCAAGGAGCAACAAUUGUAGAUGCCUUGGAUACACUAUAUAUAAUGGAGAUGAAAGAUGAAUUUAAAGAAGCCAAAGAGUGGGUAGAGAAAAAUCUAGAUUUCAAUGUGAAUGCAGAAGUCUCUGUUUUUGAAGUAAACAUCCGUUUUGUCGGUGGGCUGCUCUCAGCAUACUAUCUUUCUGGAGAAGAGGUGUUUCGGAAAAAAGCAGUGGAACUAGGAAAGAAGUUGCUUCCAGCCUUUAAUACUCCUACAGGAAUUCCUUGGGCAUUGUUGAAUAUCAAAAGUGGCAUUGGUCGAAACUGGCCCUGGGCUUCAGGAGGAAGCAGUAUUUUGGCAGAAUUUGGAACUCUGCAUUUGGAGUUCAUGCAUCUAAGCUAUUUAUCUGGAAAUCCAGUAUUUGCUGAAAAGGUGAUGAACAUUCGAAAAGUUUUAAAUCAGCUGGAUAAGCCAGAAGGGCUUUAUCCGAACUACUUAAAUCCUAGUAGUGGCCAGUGGGGACAGCAUCAUGUCUCAGUUGGAGGACUUGGAGACAGUUUCUAUGAAUAUUUGCUUAAGGCAUGGCUAAUGUCAGAUAAGACCGAUGAAGAAGGCAAGCAAAUGUAUUAUGAUGCUGUUCAGUCCAUAGAGACCCAUUUGAUCAGGAAAUCCAGCACCGGUUUGAUGUACAUUGCCGAGUGGAAAGGUGGCCUGCUUGAACACAAAAUGGGCCACCUGACUUGUUUUGCAGGAGGGAUGUUUGUUCUGGGUGCAGAUGGAGCUCCUGCUGAUAAAACUGAACGCCACAUCGAACUUGGUGCUGAAAUUGCCCGUACAUGUCAUGAGUCGUAUGAUCGGACAAGCAUGAAGCUGGGACCAGAAGCCUUUAGAUUUGAUGGCGGAGUUGAGGCAAUUGCUACGAGGCAAAAUGAGAAAUACUACAUCUUGCGACCUGAAGUUAUAGAAACCUACAUGUAUAUGUGGCGAUUUACCCAUGACCCAAAAUAUCGUCAAUGGGGUUGGGAAGCUGUAGAGGCAUUGGAAAAAUAUUGCAGAGUAGAUGGUGGCUACAGUGGAGUCAGAGAUGUUUACAGCAACCAUCAGAGCCAUGAUGAUGUGCAGCAGAGUUUCUUCCUUUCAGAAACACUCAAGUACUUAUACCUGUUAUUCUCUGAAGAUGAUCUUCUUCCAUUUGAACACUGGGUCUUUAACACUGAGGCACACCCUCUGCCAGUUCUCUCAAGAGAAGACGAAGAAAAAGGAAAAAGGAAAUAGAUAAAAUAAUCAUAGUUGGGGGCACGAUGUAGAUUUAUUAAAAUCUAGGUAACUUUUUGAGUUCUGAAUCAGUUUUUGGGGUUUUUUGCAGUCUAAUGUUUACCCAUAUACUAUUUAUCA